GAAACAACAAACGCCCAAUCCAGCACCCUGUGGACGAGAACAUAAUGUCGAAAUUCUCCUCCUUCCCGCGUCCAACGACGACCUACCACUCACAAACCUACGCCCGAAUCGCGCAGCACCACAACUUCAAUGGCGCUGGCAAAACCAUCCUCGUAACCGGCGGCUCCUCCGGCGUAGGCUACAGCAUCUGCCGCGCCUUCGCCGAAGCGCACGUCGCCCGCAUCGCCAUCGUCUCCCGCUCAGCCGAGCCACAAGCCACCGCCAAAGCAGCCCUGGAAGCCGCGCACCCGUCGGUGCAGAUCCUAACCUACGCGGCCUCGAUAACGGACCACAGCCGCAUGGCGGCGAUUAUCAACGAACUAGGCACGAUCGACGUGCUGGUGCUAUGCGCAGCCGUCGUGCACCGCCAGGCGCCCGCGACGGCGGUCACCGGGCAGGAAAUGCAGGAGGCAUUCGACGUCAACGUCCUCGCGCCCUUCCAGCUUGUGCAGGCGUACCUGUCUCUACCGAACCCGGCGGCCGGGUCCAAGACCAUCAUCAAUGUUUCGUCGGCGGCGGCGCAGACUAGGAGUCCGCUGCGCGUCGGGUAUGGGCCUAGUAAGGCGGCGUUUGCGCAGGUCAUGCAGCAUUUCGCGGCGGAGAGGGAGAGUGAGGCGCUCCGGGUGUUCUCGUUCCAUCCCGGUGCGUUCUAUACGCCUUCUGUUGCGGAGCAUUAUGCGCGUGAUGCGACGGCUUGGGAGGAUAUUGAUUUGCCGGCGCAUUUUGCGAGGUGGUUGGCCGGUCCGGAGAGUGGGUUUCUCAAUGGUAGGUUGGCGCGGGAUAGUAGCUUUUUGACUAUUGGGCUGGUGGUGUAG